AUGUCGACGCGUUCGGUCGCGCCCCCGGUGAACGUCGCCGACGCUCGAACGUACCCCGACCCGCUCGACGACGCCGUCCCCGUGGUGUCGCUCGACGUCGAGUGUGUAGCGACCGGUCCCAAGCACCACGAUCGCUCGGUGGCCCAAAUCGCCGUCGUGUGCGCGCGAACGGAGCGCGUUUUGUGCGAUGUGUUCGUGAAACAAACGAAAGAAGUGCGCUCGUAUCUCACGCCGCUCACCGGGAUCGAUAAAGAGACGCUGGAGACGCGGGGGAUUCCGCUGGACGAGGCGCUCGAGCGCGUGAGGUCUGUGCUGGGACCGCGUCACGUCGUCGUGGGGCAGGGCGUCCUGAAAGACGUCGAAGAGUGGCUCGGUCUCACGCGUGGGGUAGAUUACGGUGAUUUGAUCGAAAUGACUGGCAUUUGGCGGGUGUGGAACGAGAGAUACGGGUCAUGGAGCGUUUUCUCGCAGGACCACUUGGUACGUUGUUUACUCGCCACAGAGGUGAGCAGCACACACGACGCCGCGGGAGAUUGCGUCAAGUCAAUCAGACUGUUUCGAUUGUUUCAUAGACUGUUGACGAACGAUGCGGAGGGAUUAGCGGCGGCGAGAGCAAAGCUGCUCGCAAUCGCGCCGGAACCUAGCUUUAGUAAACGCUUUCCUAUAUUUGAGGGAGUAUGUCAAGGAGGGCGAACCUGCUCGUGCGGCGCCGCUACUUUUUUCUCGUCUUAG